GACAGACCCACUGUGCUGGCAGCGUGGGUGCCACUGCCCGCGAAGGGAAGAAGACGAGCGAGGUGUUGUGUGCUGAUUUCUCCUUCUCUAUCUAUCUCACCAUAUCAAACUCAUCUCACAAUGCCUGUAAAUCAUACAUUUCAAGGAGGGAAAGCCUUUGGAUUAUUAAAAGCUCAACAAAGGGAGAGAUGCGAGGAAAUAAACAAGGAAUACAUGGAAGACCAGAAAUACCGGGAUGAGGAGGACCUCCUGGAAAAACUGGAUUCUUUUAAAAACAAAUAUGCAGAGUUUGACCUGAACGACCAGGGAGAGAUUGAUAUGAUGGGUCUGAAGAGGAUGAUGGAGAAGCUGGGUGUUCCUAAGACCCACCUGGAGAUGAAGAAGAUGAUCUCUGAGGUGACCGAAGGCAUCAGCGACAGCAUCAACUACAGAGACUUCGUCAAGAUGAUGCUGGGCAAGCGCUCGGCCGUUCUCAAACUGGUGAUGAUUUUCGAGGACAAGGCUAACGGGGCCAUCUGUAAGCCUGAUGGUCCUCCACCCAAACGGGACAUAGCCAGCCUGCCAUAGACCCAGGACAUCCUGAGCCUCUAGACUAUAUCACCAUUCUAGGACCCUACCAAGGCCCCUGCCCUCAGCCAGGGACGUGUACGGGACGUGUACAUAGCCUUAUCAACUCCCCACCUCAGGAUGUGCACACGUCCCAGAAGGGGGGGGGUUCUCCUCCUCUGUUCAAAACAUGUGGGGAGAUAAAAGAGAAAAGGAAAAAAUAUAUAUAUAUAUAUAUAUAUUUGCUGUGAAGACAAGGCAGAUUAGCUUUUUUAAGACCAGUACAUACAUAUAUCUAUAUUGAUGAUGAGAAAAUAAGUAUUUUUAAUUAGUGUGAGCACUCGAAACCCCUUGGCGAUAACCGUGUAAUUUGAGUCGUUUUGUGAAUAUGAGCAAUGUGUUGUUUGCUGGGAUCAAACUAACAGAGGUGACAAUUUUGUGAUAUCCUCAGUAUGUACAGUGGAGCAAAAAAGUAUUUAGUCAGCCACCAAUGGUGCAAGUUCUCCUACUUAAAAAGAUGAGAGGCCUGUAAUUGUCAUCAUAGGUACACUUCAACUAUGACAGACAAAAUGAGAAAAGAAAAAUCCAGAAAAUCAUAUUGUAGGAUUUUUAAUGAAUUUAUUUGCACAUUAUGGUGGAAAGUAAGUAUUUGGUCAAUAACAAAAGUUUAUCUCAAUACUUUGUUAUAUACCCUUUGUUGGCAAUGACAGAGGUCAAACGUUUUCUGUAAGUCUUCACAACGUUUUCACACACUGUUGCUGGUAUUUUGGCCCAUUCCUCCAUGCAGAUCUCCUUUAGAGCAGUGAUGUUUUGGGGCUGUUGCUGGGCAACACGGACUUUCAACUCCCUCCAAAGAUUUUCUAUUGGGUUGAGAUCUGGAGACUGGGUAGGCCACUCCAGGACCUUGAAAUGCUUCUUACGAAGCCACUCCUUCGUUGCCCGGGCGGUGUGUUUGGGAUCAUUGUCAUGCUGAAAGACCCAGCCACGUUUAAUCUUCAAUGCCCUUGCUGAUGGUAGGCUUUGUUACUUUGGUCCCAGCUCUCUGCAGGUCAUUCACUAGGUCCCCCCGUGUGGUUCUGGGAUUUUUGCGCACCGUUCUUGUGAUCAUUUUGACCCCACGGGGUGAGAUCUUGCGUGGAGCCCCAGAUCGAGGGAGAUUAUCAGUGGUCUUGUAUGUCUUCCAUUUCCUAAUAAUUGCUCCCACAGUUGAUUUCUUCAAACCAAGCUGCUUACCUAUUGCAGAUUCAGUCUUCCCAGCCUGGUGCAGGUCUACAAUUUUGUUUCUGGUGUCCUUUGACAGCUCUUUGGUCUUGGCCAUAGUGGAGUUUGGAGUGUGACUGUUUGAGGUUGUGGACAGGUGUCUUUUAUACUAAUAACAAAUUCAAAGUGCCAUUAAUACAGGUAAAGAGUGGAGAACAGAGGAGCCUCUUAAAGAAGAAGUUAGAGGUCUGUGAGAGCCAGAAAUCUUGCUUGUUUAUAGGUGACCAAAUACUUAUUCUCCACCAUAAUUUGCAAAGAAAUUCAUAAAAUAUCCUACAAUGUGAUUUUCUGGAAUUGUUUUCUUCUCAUUUUGUCUGUCAUAGUUGAAGUGUACCUAUGAUGAAAAUUACAGGCGUCUCUCAUCUUUUUAAGUGGGAGAACUUGCACAAUUGGUGGCUGACUAAAUACUUUUUUGCCCCACUGUAUGUGUAAUAUGUUGAUGCAAAGAUUGUGUGUCAACAACUUAUCUGUUAUGAAGCUGUCUGCGUGUCUAGAUACUAGUGAAUUUAUCAGUGGUCCUGUUUUAUCAUGAUUUCAAUAUAGUAUUAAUUGUUUUACAAAUGUAAUCAAUUCGGUAUAGUUGUAGUCAGUGAUGCAAUGUAGGGUAAACGCCAUUUACACAACUUUUGCAAAAAAAAUUAAGGAAUAGGAGGCGUUACUUUUUUCACUGUAACCGGCAAUAAGUAACACACCUAUUUUAUUUUUUUACUGGUUGUGUUUAGAGGGUUUGUAAGGGAAAAUUGCUUGAACAGUUAUUAGGGAAACUAACCCAAGUCAUUCAGAUAUUAUUUUACCUCUCCCUCAUUUUACUCCCCCUACCAAAUGAUCUAGUUCCUCUUUUAGAUUUGAUAUUUUUAAUCGUGUGAAAGUACCAUGCUGGUUAUGAAGCACAAGGAAUAAAAAGAGCACUGUUUUUGGAAAACCUUUUAUAUACAGUUGUCAAGAUCAUCCCACAUGAUGGAUUGUUGCCAUGCUGCAGACUCUGCUUGGUCAUUGUCUCACUAUAUGUCAGGGGUGACAGAUUAUGGCCCUACCCCAUUCUUCCAGACUAGAGGUGGGUUACUGUAGUUGGGAUUAGGAUGGGGUCGGUGGGGCGAUAGAUUAAGAGUCAGAGUAUGACUAGAUCCGGUGUUGUAGAUUGACACUGGCUUCCUCAACCUAAAGGAGCAGGAUGGAUGGGGUCGGUGGAGUCAAGUUUAGUAGCACUUCACGUGGAUUUAUGGAAGAUUUGGUUUAAGGCACAGGCACACACUGAAGAUUCUCAGCAUGUUAGUAUAAAUUAUGAUGAAAACACAUUCUUUCCAAGUGCCUAAAGUAAUGUUGAGAGAAGAGUAAAGGAAGUUAGUUACGCUCUAUUCUCCCUCCUGAGCUGUAUUUGGGAAAAUAGUUUUGAAGGUGUUUAUUCAUGUGUAUGUUAGGGUUAGGUGUUCCUUUUUUGGUAAUGUUCCCCUAAGUCUACGCUGUCUCAGGUACUGCUUUGAAUGACUGGAUCUCCGAAUACAUAUACAGUACAUCUAUGAAGUGAUGUUAGAUAUGCAGUUCAAUCAUUCUAGUUUCCCAAAUGUCCCCAUUUGACUAUCCUAGUCUUCAUAGUGGUACUGUUCUCAUUUCUAUCUCAUCUGUAAAAUGUUAUGAACCUGUCCCAUUUCAAAUUGUGUUAUCCCGUCUUGCCAUGUUUUACUAUAAUCUUAUUUUCUUGUCUUUCAUCUCAUUAACAUGUUUUUGAAUAUGUCAGUCUUCCCAGCGUGGUGCAAGUCUACAAUUUUGUUUCUGGUGUCCUUUGACAGCUCUUUGGUCUUGGCCAUAGUGGAGUUUGGCGUGUGACUGUUUGAGGUUGUGGACAGGUGUCUUUUAUACUUUUAUUCCCAGUGUGUUGGGUGGUGGUCUUUUCAAUGUUCUUUUCUUAUGACCACCAAUAUGAUGCACUUUUUUCUUAUAUUUUUGCCAAAACCAAAGCAAUUAAAGUUAUUUGUUACACUGG